CCGGCUCCGCCGCGCUGCCCCCGGGCUAUGAAUAAAGCCGAGGCGGCCGCGGGGACAGGUACAGGUGCCCGUCUCCUGUGCGCAGGGCUACGCCGACGUCCCAGCCCGCCUCCUCCAGCGGGAGGGAAACAAAGACGGCGAGAGAGGCAGGGAGAGUUGCCUGGGGUUAGUGAAGUGGCGGCGGCGCCUGGGGACCGAAGGCUCCGUGCCGCGCCGCGCAGGUACCGCGCACUGAGACAUGUCUGCGUUAGCUCCCCGCAGCUCCCUGCCGCGCCAGCCAGCGCUCGCCAGAGGAGACAAGCCCUGCCAUGGCACAGCCAUCGCUACCAGGUUUUAGCCGAAGCCUGGCGUGAUCGCAGCAUCUAGGGACCUGUGGUUACCAAUCAAUUGGUACAACAGAGCCGAGCCAGGCUGCAAUAGCGUGCAGAUCAGACGCCUCGCCUUGUUUCUAGAUAACUGGGAGCCUCUGUACCAUGUCCUAUCCUCAGUUUGGCUACCCUUACUCCUCUGCACCCCAGUUCCUGAUGAGCACCAACUCCCUGACGACCUGCUGCGAGUCCAGCAGCCGCACGCUGGCGGAGACGGGGGCGGCCGCCUCGGCGCAGACGCCCGUGUACUGCCCGGUGUACGAGAGCCGCCUGCUCGCCACCGCCCGCCACGAGCUCAACUCCGCCGCCGCCCUGGGCGUCUACGGCGGGCCCUACGCCGGGCCCCAGGGCUAUGGAAACUACGUGACCUACGGGACAGAGGCUCCCGCCUUCUACUCCCUGAACAGUUUGGAGGCGAAGGACGGGAGCGGCUCUGCGCAUGCGGGCAUCGCCCCCGCGGCUGCCUACUACCCCUACGAUCACACCCUCAGCCAGUACCAGUACGACAGGUACGGGACGAUGGACGGCGGGACGCGGAGGAAAAACGCCACCCGAGAGACGACCAGCACGCUGAAGGCCUGGCUGCAGGAGCACCGCAAGAACCCCUACCCCACCAAGGGCGAGAAGAUCAUGCUGGCCAUCAUCACCAAGAUGACCCUCACCCAGGUCUCCACCUGGUUCGCCAACGCCCGCCGGCGGCUCAAGAAGGAGAACAAGAUGACCUGGCCGCCGCGGAACAAGUGCUCUGACGAGAAGCGGCCCUACGAGGAAGAGGAGGAGGAGGAGGAGGAGGGUUCGCAGGAAGAGGCGAUGAAGAGCGGGAAAGCCGAGGAACCCACGGGCAAGGAGGAGAAGGAGCUGGAGCUCAGCGACCUGGAGGACUUGGACGCCGCCGAGUCGGAGAGCUCGGAGUGCGAGCUGCGGCGACCCUUCCCACACUCGCUCCCGCACCCGCACCCGCACCCGCUCCCGCUCCAGGGCGGCAGCCUCCCGCCGCGGCCCGCCGAGCUCCCCGCCAAGAUGCCGCCGCCCGCCGCCGCCGGGGAGGAGGAGGAGGAGGAGGAGGCGGCGGCAGAGCGGGCGCGGAGCUGCCUGAAGACGGCGGCGGAGGAGUGCGGCCCCGACCCGCUGGGCGCUCGGCAGCGCGGCUGCGAGUCCAAGAUGUGCUUCCAGCAGGGGCAGCAGCUGCUGGAGGCGAAGCCCAGGAUUUGGUCCCUGGCGCACACCGCCACCUCCCUCAACCAGGCCGAGUACCCCUCCUGCAUGCUGAAACGGCCCGGGGGCUCGGCCGCCGCCGCCGCUCCCGCCCCGGUCAGCGUCAUGGACAGGCACCAGGAUUCGCCGGUGACCAACCUCAGGAACUGGGUGGACGGGGUGUUUCACGACCCCCUGUUCAGGCACAGUACUUUAAACCAAGCCCUGAGCAACACAACAGUUUCCUGGGCUACCACCAAAGGAGCCAUUCUGGAAACGGGCGCCUUGGGACGCGCGGUGGGGAACGGCGCCAAUGUGCUCAAGGGGCAGCUCUCAAACCUGGCCCACCAUGACUCAAACAAAGAGUUUCUGGCGUUUCCCAAAUCAGGAAGCAAAAUGUUUUGUUCCUAACAGGCCCGCCGAGGGGCAAAAGACUUUCUAACGCUUGAAGAGUCAGCUACACUGAAAAGAGACUUGCAAGAGUUUAAAUUUAAAAAUAAAAACUUUUUCUUCCUUUUUUUUUUUUUUUUUAACACAAACAACAUAAACGAGGAUUUAAAGUUCAGUUUGCUCAGUUCAACGGAAAGACUUUGCUCAUUGCUGUUCUGAACAUUUUCUCCUGGCUGCGACUUUAAGGGAUCAAUGUCGUGAAAGUUAUUUAAUUCCAUGUCCAAAAAGCACGUACUAUAGUAUAGACCUACUUAAAAAGUUUACAUCCGAAAGUUUACAAACGGGAAAUUUUAAUUCAGAUUUAAUUUAAGGCAUGCCGACAUUAGUUGUAAAGACUUUUCGAGAGUUUUUCCUCCUGAUUUCCUUGUUAGCAUAUAAUUCACAAACAGCACUUCUACUAAGUUUACACCUACUGCACAAAUUUAUCUUGACAAAAAAAAAUAUGUUAAAGGGUAUGCUCACUCCAAUAAAUUGUCUGUUUCAGAGGUAACACAA